CCUUGACCCCGCAGUUGCGAAUAUACAAUACACCUCCCGAGAUUGGGAAAAGAAUCCUUCUUUUCAAACACAUGAAAUCAUGGCAAGCAAAGGGUCUGGGAAAGGCUCUGGCCAGCCUCCAGCUAGAGCCAAGGAAUUGCAUCCUGGUAGAAAUCCACCAAGCAAAGCUGUUGUGCCAAGAACAUCCCGAGCUGUUGCUCAGAGCAGACCUAGUGGGCCUCCUGUCAGACAAGGACACCCUAAAGAACAAGUCGUGAUUGCGCCAAAAGGGUAUACCAUGAGAGAAAUUAAACCAGCUGAGAAUUAUGAUGUCAUAUCCUUUGCAAAGGCUAUGAAUGAAGAUUUUGGCAAAAAGGCUCAGAAGUUGUUUGCUCCUGAAACUGAGGCGGCUGUUGAAGCUCAAAGAACAGGUGUCUACAUUGGUUGGAGGUGUCCAGAGUUCAAAUGGGAUUGCAUCCGCUUGGGGAGGGGCUCGAGAUGCUUCUGUGGACAUUCACUCAGUGAACAUGAUAAAUACACUGGAAGAAGUGUUAAGGUGCCUUGUAAAGCUGGUUCAUGCUUGUGUAAGAAGUUUGCCUUUGUUCCUAUGAGAGCAGAAGAUGUGGGUGAGUUCUGGCUCUCCAAGCGUCGGGACUUCGAUCCGGCAACUUGGAGGUGUAAAUGUCGCUGUAAGCAUACUCAUGAGGAGCAUGAUGUCUCAGGGCUUCAUAGAUGCCAUAUCAGAGGUUGUGGGUGUAAUGCGUUUUCUUCAAGCUCUGUCUGUGCGGCUUGUGAUAAACAUUGGGAACAACAUGAAACAUUCUUUGAGACUCAUGAGGAUCGUGUUCAGGGUGGUCUUCCUGCAGGCGAAGAGUACCUUCCUUUUGCUGAGAUCCCAAGUCUUCGCAACAUGGUGUUGACUGGUGAUGAAAUAGACGAAUCUCCGUUCUUGGCACUUCGCCAGGGUGAGGGAAGAAUCCCGGAGAACAGGGCUCUCACUGGUAACGAUGUCCCUGUGAACUUUGGGCAGAGGCCUUCGGGUUCAAACUUCAAACCCACAUAUGACUAGUUGCCUGCUAGGGGAGAGGGUAUUUACUGUUUUAGAAUAGAUAAUCAGGUCCAUCUUGAUGGAAAUUUUAUAUUACUAUUUCUUUUUGUAUGGAAGAAAUAUUAGGGAUGUAAGCUGAAAUAUGUAUUCAUCAUCACUUCUAGUGCACCAUUUUGUACCGAAUCAACAACGCAGGUUAACUUGUUAGUAAAAGCUGUGACCCAGAUGUGAGAGCACACAAGGCUGCUUUAUCAUCAAGAGCAGUGGCUCAAUCAUGUGUACCACUUUUGCCAGUUAUCGUAACGUAAUUUUCUUCUCAAAUGAAAUAUCCUUUGUUCUUUUCUUGUAUCCGUCCAUAUUUCCUCUAGCUGACUAAGCUAUACCAAGAAAGCAAAAUGCUGUGAUACUGAUAAAUAGUUGUUGUACCGAUUCAGGCUAAUCAUAUUUUCGUGUAUAUUUUGAUGUUUAAAACUCUUCUCAGAUAGAGAAUUCUGUUGUCAUGUGUCUUUCUGGCACUGUUAGGCACUGUCUCUGUAUGUGUCAUUGGGAUCACAUACACUAAAUCUAAGAUUGUUCCUACUUUUAUUUGAUUAAUUGCCUGGUGAGAUUUUAACCAUGAAGUGCCAUAUAUGUGUGUCCUUCUGAUACUGUCUCUCAUUGAACAAAAUAAAACUAGCAAACACAA